GACUGUAAGACAGAAAUAGGAAGGAAAGAUUGGGGUCCGUCGCGUAGGUCCGAAUACCUGUCUGCUUUUUCCAGCCAGGCUUGAGGAUUUGAAACCAUCCUCAUCUCAGCCCACUCACAGGACAGAGGAGAGGGCUUGAUGCGAGAAAAUGUUGGGUAACUGCUGUCUUCAGCUGCCGGCAGUGAAUUGGGUGCUGCUGCUGGUGACAACAGCCUUUGCCAUGGAGUGCCCCAAGAUCAAGGUGGGGACAUGCACGGACUGCAUCCAGUCUGGUCCUGGCUGUGCCUGGUGCAAGCAGCUGAAUUUCACCAAAGCUGGUGAGCUAGACUCUGUCCGCUGUGACACCAUAGAGCAGCUGCAGCAGAGGGGAUGCCCACACGAUGAGAUUGAGUUUCCAGUCAACAACAUUACGAGGACACAGGACAGUCCUUUAAGCAACGAAAUACAGCUGACACCCCAGGAGAUGCACCUGAAACUGAGGAUAGGCCAGCCUGCUAUAUUUGAGGUGAAGUUUCGCCGUGCCUUGGGGUACCCCAUUGAUCUCUACUACCUCAUGGACCUCUCCUACUCCAUGCUGGAUGACCUGGAGAAGGUGAAGAAGCUGGGAGGGGAGCUGCUCAAGGCACUGGAGAGCACCACCCCUUCUCGACGCAUAGGGUUUGGCUCCUUCGUGGACAAGACAGUGCUGCCCUUUGUGAACACACACCCUGAGAAGCUGCAGAACCCCUGCCCCAACAAGGAUGAGAAAUGCCAGCCUCCUUUUGCCUUCAAGCACAUCCUCUCACUGACUGAUGAUGCCAAGAAGUUCGAGAGUGAAGUGGGGAAGCAGUUCAUCUCUGGGAACCUGGAUGCCCCAGAGGGAGGGCUGGAUGCCAUGAUGCAAGCAGCGGUGUGUGGGGACUUGAUCGGCUGGCGUAAUGUGACCCGCUUGCUGGUGUAUGCUACUGAUGACGGCUUCCACUUUGCCGGCGAUGGCAAGCUCGGGGCCAUCUUAACCCCCAAUGAUGGCCAGUGCCACUUGGAGGACAACAUGUACAAAAAAAGCAAUGAGUUUGACUACCCAUCUGUCGGCCAGCUGGUCCAGAAACUUGCCGAAAACAACAUUCAGCCCAUUUUUGCUGUCACCAGUAAGGUGGUGGAUGUGUACAAGAAACUCAGUGAGAUGAUCCCAAAAUCAGCAGUGGGAGAGCUGAAGGAGGACUCCAGCAACAUCAUUGAACUCAUCCAGGAGGCCUACAAUAACCUCUCCUCACGGAUCAUCCUGAGCCAUUCCACCCUGCCAGACAUCCUGGAUGUCAAAUAUGACUCCUUUUGUGGUAAUGGCAAGGAAAUCUUGGAUGAAGCAAGAGGGCAGUGCGACAAUGUCAAGAUCAAUGAUGAGGUCACAUUUAAAGUGAAAAUCAUGGCCAGGGAAUGCAUCAAAAGCCAGUCCUUCACCAUCCGGCCACUAGGCUUCACAGACACCCUCACUGUCCACCUGGACAGCAACUGCAACUGCAGCUGCAAUGAGAAACCCAACCCAACUGACUGCAGUGGGAAAGGCAGCAUCGUCUGUGGGAUCUGCAGUUGCAAUUCAGGCUACAUGGGGAAGAACUGCGAGUGCGACACCAAAGGCAAAACCAGCAAGGAGCUGGAGGGCAGCUGCCGGAAGGACAACAACUCACUCAUCUGCUCUGGGCAGGGUGACUGUGUGUGUGGACAGUGCGUCUGCCACACCAGCAAUGUACCCAACAAGGAUAUCUAUGGCACUUUCUGCGAGUGUGACAACAUGAACUGUGAUUUUCACAAUGGCCUCCUCUGCGGUGGUAAAGCCCAUGGGACAUGCGACUGUGGGGAAUGCAAGUGUGAGCCCAACUACGAGGGCAGUGCCUGCCAGUGCUUGAAGUCGAAGGCAGACUGCUUGAAUGACAAGGGCCAUGAAUGCAGCCUCCGCGGGACCUGCCACUGCAACCGCUGCCAGUGCCAGGGGGCAUACCAGCCCCCCUUGUGCCAGGAGUGCCCCAGCUGCCCCUCACCUUGUGGCAGAUACAUCUCCUGUGUAGAGUGCUUGGCCUUCGAGAGCGGCCCCUUUGAGAAGAACUGCUCCCAGGCCUGCCGCAACAUCCGGGAGACCAAGGAGUUGACGGGGGAAAGCAGGCAAUGCAGGGAGAGGGACUCCCAGAACUGUUGGAUCUCCUUCCAUAUGGUACAGGAGGAUGGCUUGGAGGUAUACACCUUCACUGUCAAUCCUGAAAAAGAGUGCCCAGAACCUCCCAAUGUUGCGCUGAUCGUGGGAAGCACCAUUGCUGGUGUGUUCCUCAUUGGCGUGGUGCUCCUGCUGAUCUGGCGGCUCUUGACGGAGCUGUUUGACCGCCGUGAAUAUCGCCGGUUUGAGAAGGAGAGGUCCAAGGCAAAGUGGAAUGAGGCUGAUAACCCCCUCUUCAAGAGUGCCACCACCACAGUUGUGAACCCCAGGUUUGAUGGAGAAUGAAGUGGAGCAACGCCCAGCAGCACUAGGACCCACCGUUAAAUAAGGAAAUGCCACGCUAAGGAAAUCUCAAAC